ACUUUCCAGAUGAACAAUUUGAUCAGUCUCAUGGAUCCCUGCUUUCCAGAGGAUGUUCAUGUUCUUGGAAGUGAGAGGAGUAACCACUAACCAGCCACCAAAAACUUCUUCAAAACUUUUCUCACUCACUCAUGAAUCACCUGAACGAAUUACAAAGCAACAUUUUUCGAGACUGGGUCUCUUGGUCCCGCAGACGCUGACCCUCGUGGACCUGGUGUCGUCUUUACAUGCAUAAGAGUCAACACAUGAUAUUUGACUGUAACUACGCCAUCUCUAGGGCCUAUCCCCUUCCUCCAGAUGCGCCAUUUGAAAUCUGAAUGCCCUUCUGAAUACGCCAUCACUGGAGCCUGUCUAUACAAUAACUAAGAACCAGAGAGCUAGCUCAAGAACUAAAACUCAAAUGGGUAAUCUUUCUUCUAUGCUCGUUAUUCCAAAUUUAAUCUUUUUAUUCUUCUUUAAGGCCUCGUUUAGUGUAGAGAGCAUUACUCAAACCCAAUCUUUAAAUGAUGGCAAGACCUUGGUGUCCAGUGAAGGAAGCUUUGAACUGGGUUUCUUCAGUCCUGGAAGUUCCAAGAAUCGUUACUUGGGAAUUUGGUAUAAGAGUAUCCCGGUUAAAACCGUUGUUUGGGUUGCAAACCGAAGCAGCCCAAUCAACGACUCUUUUGGCAGUUUGAUGAUAAACAACACAGGCAGCCUUCUCCUGCUCGGUCAGAAUAAGAUGGUUGUUUGGUCCACAAACUCUUCGAGACAAGCUCAAAAUCCGUUGUUGCAACUGUUAGAUUCCGGAAAUCUUGUCCUAAGAGACGAGAAAAAUGACAAUUCAGAAGACUAUCUGUGGCAAAGCUUUGAUUAUCCGACUGAUACACUGUUAGCAGGGAUGAAGCUCGGAUGGGACUUAAGGCGAGGUCUUAACCGGCGACUAACAGCAUGGAAGAAUCGAGAUGAUCCGUCUCCUGGAGACUUCACUUUUGAGUUAGAACUUUACAGCUACCCAGAAUCAUAUAUUUGGAAAGGCUCAGUAAAAUACUAUCGCACGGGCCCUUGGAAUGGCAUCGGAACCAGUGGAGCACCUUCAUUCAAGCCAAAUCCGGUUUACGAAUACAAAUUUGUCUCUAAUGAAGAUGAGGUCUACUAUACGUACAACCUCAAAAACAAGGCUAUGAAGACAAUGGCAGUUCUGAACCAAAGCAACUAUGCUCCCUUUCAACGCUGCGUAUGGUUAGAAGCAGAAAAGACUUGGGAGACCUACUCAUCAUCUCCUAAAGACCACUGUGACAGUUAUAACCUCUGUGGUGCAAAUGGAAAUUGUUUGAUGACAGAGUCUCCCCUCUGUCAAUGUUUAAAAGGAUUCAAACCUAAGUCGCUAAAGAACUGGGAAUUAAUGGACUGGGCUCAAGGAUGCGUACGCAACACACCUUUGAGCUGUCAGGACAAAUAUAAGGACGGAUUCGUAAAAUAUGUUGGCUUAAAAGUCCCAGAUACUACACAUUCUUGGGUGAACACAAGUAUGAAUCUCAACGAGUGCAGGGUAAAAUGCUUGAACAACUGUUCUUGUAUGGCUUAUACAAACUCAGAUAUCAGAGGAAAAGGCAGUGGCUGCGCCAUCUGGUUUGGUGAUCUACUAGAUAUUAGGCAGUUUUCAACUAGUGGGCAAACUCUAUAUGUUCGAAUGCAAGCUUCCGAACUAGAGAUGGAAGAUGGUCGUAAGAAGAGGACGGUAGCGAUAGUUGUGGCAUCCGUAGCAGUUGUUUCUGGGAUGCUUUUAGUGAGCUAUUAUUACAUUUGCAGAAGGAAAAGCUUACAAGAGAAAAGUGUACUAAUUGGUCAGAACAGGGAAGUCCAAGAGGAAGACAUGGAGCUUCCAGUGUUGGACCUAUCCACAAUUUCUAGAGCCACUGAUGGCUUUUCAGUCACCAACAAGCUUGGAGAAGGUGGUUUUGGACCCGUAUACAGGGGUGUACUAGCAGAUGGACAAGAAGUUGCUGUGAAGAGGCUUUCGAGAAUAUCUGGACAAGGACCGGAUGAGUUCAGAAAUGAAGUGAAACUGAUAGCCAAACUUCAGCACCGAAAUCUAGUGAAGCUUCUCGGUUGUUGUAUUGAGGGAGAAGAGAAAAUGCUGGUUUAUGAAUACAUGCCAAAUAAGAGCCUGGACUCUUUCCUUUUUGAUCAAACAAGAGGUAGAAUAUUGGAUUGGUCUAAACGCUUCCAAAUCAUAUGCGGGAUUGCUCGCGGGCUUCUCUAUCUUCACCAAGAUUCCAGAUUGAGGAUUAUACACAGAGAUCUCAAGGCAAGUAAUGUUUUACUUGAUAGUGAGUUGAAACCUAAAAUUUCAGACUUUGGCAUGGCUAAAACUUUUGGAGGGGAUCAAACAGAAGGAAACACAAACAGAGUGGUUGGCACUUAUGGCUAUAUGGCGCCAGAAUAUGCUUUUGAUGGACUAUUCUCAACAAAAUCAGAUGUUUUCAGCUUUGGCAUCCUUUUGCUGGAGAUAGUCAGCGGAAAGAAAAGUAGAGGGCUGUAUAAUCAAGACCACAGCCUCAACCUCAUAGGAUAUGCAUGGAAACUGUGGAAUGAAGGCAGGCCCCUGGACCUGCUGGAUGCUUGCUUGGGGGACGCAGUCUCGGCUUCAGAGGUGUUGCGCUGCGUUCAUGUUAGUCUCUUAUGCGUGCAGCAGCGUCCGGAGGAUAGGCCGGGCAUGUCAUCUGUUGUUCUAAUGUUGGGGAGUGAGAUUACAUUGCCGCAGCCCAAAGAACCUGGUUUCUUGAUGGAAAAGUAUUCGCGCGAGACAUUUUCUUCCUCAAGUUACAAGCAUGAAUCAUCUUCAACCAACGAAAUAAGCAUUUCAAUAUUGGAGGCUCGAAUAGUUACCAUCUGCCGGCCUUGUAAUGGACCAUGGACUGCAAGCCCCCAAAGUCAGCAAGCCCGUGUGCAUCAUGUCGUCGUGAUAUAUGACAUUCAAAUUGCUCCUUACUCUGUGACUCUACCUGAAACAAUGGACGUUUAUUCUUGUAUGUUUUUGGGUGCCAACUUUCUUCUUUUCCUCUCCGGAGUCUCCAGUGCAGCUGAUAUCAUUACUCAAUCCCAGUCCAUCAUUGAGGGCAGUACCUUGAUUUCCAGAGAAGGCGGCUUUGAACUGGGUUUCUUUAGCCUUGGUAGUUCCACCAACCGUUACUUGGGAAUUUGGUACACGAAUAUCCCAGUUAAAACUGUUGUUUGGGUAGCAAAUAGACGCAAUCCAAUCGAAGACUUUUCUGGUGUGUUGAUGAUAAACAGCACCGGCAACCUUGUUCUUCUCAGCCAGAAUACUAGUGUUGUUUGGUUGGCAAAUUCAAGAAAAGAGGCUUCGAGUCCAAUAUUGCAGCUUUUAGAUAAUGGAAAUUUAGUACUGAGAGAUAGGGAAGAAGGAAAUUCAGAGAAUUAUCUGUGGCAAAGCUUUGAUCAUCCUUCAGAUACACUGUUACCAGGGAUGAAGUUUGGGUGGGACUUCAAGACUGGUCUUGACCGGCGUUUAUCCGCUUGGAAGAAUUGGGAUGACCCAUCUCCUGGAGACUUUACCUGGGGAAUAGAACUUACUAAUAACCCUGAAGCAGUCAUGUGGAAGGGCUCCGAGAAGUACUUCAGGAGUGGCCCUUGGAAUGGCCUUCGUUACAGCGGUGCUCCGGAGUUGAGAGACAACCCGGUUUUCGAGUUCAAUUUCGUCAACAAUGAGAACGAGGUAUACUACGAAUACCAUCUUAUAAAUAAAUCGAUAAUAUCAAGAAUAGUUAUGAACCAAACUAACUAUUCCCGUAUACGCUAUAUAUGGAUCGAUGCAACCUCAACUUGGAGCCUGUAUUCAUCUGUGCCAAGAGACAACUGUGAUGACUACAACCUUUGUGGCGCCUAUGGAAAUUGUAUCAUUGGUGAGUCACCAGUCUGUCAAUGUUUAAAAGGAUUCCAGUCUAAAUCACAAGAAACAUGGAACCCAAAGGACUGGUCUCAAGGAUGUGUGCGCAUUACUCAACUAAGCUGUCAAGAUAAAGAUAAACAUGGGUUUAUUAAAUUUGUUGGGCUAAAAUUGCCAGAGACUACAAAUUCCUGGGUGAACGAGAGUAUGAAUCUUGACGAAUGCAGGAGCAAAUGCUUGAAUAAUUGUUCCUGUAUGGCUUAUACAAAUUCAGAUAUCAGAGGAGGAGGUAGUGGCUGCGCCCUCUGGUAUGGUGAUCUAAUCGAUAUUAGGCAAGUUUCACUUGGUGGACAGAAUCUGUAUGUUAGAAUGCCUGCUUCAGAGUUAGAGGCGAAAGACGAGCAUAAGACAAAGGUGAUAGUAAUAUCUGUACUCGUUCCUGCCAUUGUUUCUGCGAUGCUCUUCAUGGCCUGUUUCCUGUGCAAAUGGAGGACAAAGUUCAGAGAAAUUGUUGAGAGAAAUUUGAUCAUAAAUCAGAGCGUUGAAGGCCGAAACAAAGACCCGGAGCUCCCCCUCUUCAACCUAGUGACAAUAACUAAAGCCACUAACAACUUUUCAAGCAAUAACAAGCUUGGGGAAGGUGGUUUUGGAGCUGUAUACAAGGGUACACUGGUAGAUGGACAGGAAAUUGCAGUGAAGAGGCUUUCAGAGAGUUCUGGACAAGGAUUGAAUGAGUUCAAAACUGAAGUCAUAUUGAUUGCCAAGCUCCAGCACCGAAAUCUUGUUAGGCUUCUUGGUUGUUGCAUUCAAGGGGAGGAGAAAAUGCUAAUCUAUGAACACAUGACCAACAAAAGCCUGGACACCUUCAUUUUCGAUCAAGCAAGAGGUAAAGUCCUAGACUGGUCCAAGCGCUUCCACAUAAUCUGUGGCAUAGCUCGGGGGCUUCUUUAUCUUCAUGAAGAUUCCAGAUUGAGGAUUAUACAUAGAGAUCUCAAAGCAAGUAACGUCUUACUUGAUGGUGAGAUGAACCCAAAAAUUUCGGACUUUGGCAUAGCUAGAACCUUUAAAGGAGAUCAGACCCAAGGAAAGACAAACCGAGUGAUUGGAACUUAUGGUUAUAUGGCACCUGAGUAUGCCAUUGAUGGGUUUUUCUCAGUAAAAUCUGAUGUCUUUAGCUUUGGAAUAUUAUUGAUGGAGAUAGUAAGUGGAAAGAAGAACCGCGCGUAUUACCAUCCGGGCCAGAGUCUUAAUCUUAUUGGACAUGCAUGGAAUCUGUGGAGAGAAGGCAGGCCUUUAGAACUGGUUGAUACUUGCUUAAGAGACUCUUGCAGUUUUUCAGAUCAGAUGCUGCGGUGCAUCCAAAUCAGUCUCGUAUGUGUGCAACAGCAUCCUGAGGAUAGGCCCAGCAUGUCGUCUGUGGUUAUGAUGUUGAGUGGUGAGAGUUUAUUGCCUGAACCUAAAGAACCAGGUUUCUUAGCAAGGAAAAAUCCCACUGAUGCAGAUUCUUCAUCGAGCAAGCAUCAAUCUUCGGCCAACGAGAUAACUCUUACACUGUUAGAGGCUCGAUAGCGGAUAGAGAACCAUAUAUGCAUGCUAGUAUUUGUAUUGUAGUGUGUCCUAGUGUACAUUCUGUAAACUAGCUAGCUAGGCGUAGACCAAAAUUUUUAAACAGAAAUAACUUUCAUAUAAAAUUGCUUGAAAUAACUUUCAUAUUUUUUUAAUAUAUAUCGAAGUUAGGAUAUCA